UUAUGCUCGUCUGGGUCAAGCAUAAUGCCAGAUUUAGCCCUAACUGAACUGUUCUUCUGAAACAAUUAAUUGGUGUGUGCCAUAUCAGAGAAUGUCAGUUUGUAACAAUAAGUUUUCUUUUGCUUUUAAUUUGUUGUGUGAGUUGGAACCAUACCUGGAAAACUGUCUCACUGCCUUCUUCUUGCUCUUUUGUUGUAGUUUUAUGCUUAAUCAAAAUAUCACCUUCCAUUCUAUGCAUAAGAAUAUAUACUUGCCUCUUGUGGCAGCAGACAGCCAAGGUACAUAAUGGGCACCAGUAAUAUAUUUUCUGAUGCAUAUCAAGGGCAGCAAAGCACAUGAUGCAUAAUCCAUGAUGUUCUCAUCCUUAUCAUCAUGUGUUACAUGCAUCAUACUGGAGGAGUAAUAUCAUUGAUGCUGUCAGCUGAGGUGCAUUACAUGUCAUUAAAGAGAGUAUUAAUAUAUUUUUGAACUACACCUUUCACUUGAGGUGUAAUUUCACAAAGUAAAUUAAAUGUCUGAAGAGGGAAAAUAGCAAGCCUGCCCACAGAAUGCACAGAAAACAGGGUUCUUCCUGGAUUUGACUCAUUUGUUCUCAAAGUUAUUGGUGGCUGGACUGCUCCCUGACCAUAGUUACAGUGUUAUGGUGAGAUUAUUUAAGUAGUACCAUCUCCAGUCAAAUAUUUUACAGCCACCCUGCUGUGCAAUGAGAAGGAUUAUGGGAGUGUGGCAGAGGAGGGUGCAUAGCAUGACAAAUCACUCACAUGCCUAUGAGAUAUGCGGAAAGCCAGGUUUAUUGUCAGAUUUGGCCCACUUUCUCAGCAAAGUUGGGGGGUUUGCCCAUCACCAAAUGAAUGGGAAGCCCAACCCCUGAGAGCCACUCUCUGUAAAGCUCUCACUGAGGUGUCAAAUGCCAGAAUUCAAUACCAGAUAGCACAACUCCCUCAUAUGGAUUGCAGGGAGGUUAAGUACUGUACCUGUAUCAUAGAUUUUCACAUAAUUCAAUUUUAAUCAGGCAUCAUCCAAUAGCAAAACCACUCCUAAAAUAUAAAUAAAAUUGCUGCUAAAAUUUAUUUUUUUUCAUUUCUGCUCAAGUACAAUAUGAUAUUGCCAAAGCCUGCCAUGGGUUGCCAGGUGAGAACAGGUUUGGGGGCAUGGUCUGCUUGAAAUGAGAUAACUAUGGCUUUCCUUUCAUAAAUUUUAAGUAUAGAAAUGGUUGUCAAGCCAAACACAACUUAGUACCCGAAAACUAGCAAACUGCCAAAUUAUUACAUGCAUUUGGCAGGUGUAUGCUAGGUGAUGCCACUUAUUCAAACAGAAGGCCUCCCUGCAUUUUAAGAAUAGGUGUGAAAUGUUCCUCCCUUUUUCAUGGAAAUGAUGACACUUAAGACAAUAUUAGCUCUCUGCUUCAUCAUGAAAGCAGGGUUGAGGCAUGCCCAGCACUAUAGUGAUGCCCUACAAGAGUUCAACUGUAAAAAUGGCCAUUUACCUAGCUCUUCCUUCUCUUAGCUCUCAAACCUUUGCACCAUUUGUCCUACUGCUGUGCUACUGGCAAGAUCAGAACUGUCUGAGCUUGCAGAGAUAAGUGCACCUCUGGUGAAGGAACAGAAGACAGACAAAGGAUAGUCCAAAAUAUAACAGAGUAAACAACUCUUUAGGCAUGCUUUUUGGACUUCAACUGGAUCGGAACAAAUUCAAGAACGCCAGUUGGUUUCAACAGAAAUGGAUAGAGAUCGGUCUGCCAGACAGCCGCUGCUGGGCAGCGACGGCGAGGAGGAGGGUGGCGUCGGCUCGCCGCGGCGCCUGCUGCAGCAGCAGCGCCGGCUGGCCGGCCGGCAGGACGAGCAGCUGGAGCGGAUCGGCGCCUCGGUCGGCACACUGCGCACCAUGUCACGCCAGAUCGGCACCGAGGUCGACGAACAGAACGUCAUGAUUGAGGACAUUUCCCAUGACGUUGACUCAGCGCAAGGCAAAAUGGAGACCACCAUGAACAAGAUGGCCAAGGUUCUUCGGAUAACGAACGACCGUCGACAGUGGACGGCGAUAGCUGUGCUAUCGGGCAUUCUCGUCAUCGUCGUGCUGCUGUUCUUUCUCCUGUGACGGGCCGGCCGACCAGCGGCCGUGUGCCGGCGCCGCCGCCGGCCGCCCGUGCUCCCGGCCCGCGCCGCCCGGGAGGUCCAGCACGCGAUAUGCUCACUGUGAUAGUGCCGGCGCGGCGAGCGGCAGGGUGCCCCACACUCGUGCGGGGACGGUCGAUGCCUGUGUUCGACGGUCCCCUCUAGUCAGCGCCGGUCGCGGAGCUGCGCUCGGCCGCGCUCAGCCGCUGGUCGUGGUACGUGGCCUAUCACUGGCCGCAACAGCGCCCGUCGGCCCACAUCUGACCUCACCAGUGUACUUACUGUCGUCGUGCCGACGGACCAACGCCACGAUUACAGUGGACGGUUGGAAUGCGAGGGACCAUCUGUCGCCCGGGCGUGGUCGGCUGGGGA